AUGACAGCUGAUACGGUACAGGUGUUUCAACCCCCUCACUUACAGGAGAAGCGACAAUACGGCGGGGCUUUGGACACGACGACCAAGAGCAUUCGACGACGCAGCCGUAUUUAUCCCGAGGGCGGUUCUGGUAUGGCUUCCAGAAAAGGUGGCACUGCAGUAGCAAAUGGGAAAGGGACUAGCAAUAGCAACAGCAAAGUCAACAAUGAAGAGGGACGCGGCAGUCGUCGACGAAAGUCGGGCAAGAACAAAGGGUUGAAAAUUGAUACCAAGACACUCAACCAGGGCGAAUUGCCCAGCACUCCUCUUACUGUAGCAUCGACCCCCGAUGCUUCCACUCCUGCUGGAAGGAGAGGGUCUAAGGACUUACGGUCUCCAGGACAGAAGAAAACUCCCAAUGGACCCAAAGUGGCGUCUCCUAAUGACCCUAUUCCAGACCUCAUCACGCAAACAGAUAGGUACGGAAACGCAGCAACUCCUCGGUCCAAGGAUGCUAUUGACAAUGCGAGAGUCCAUCAUCCCUCUGGACCGAUUCCGGCCCUGCAUGUAGAUUCCAACGGCCAGUUGACGGAUGAUCUCGCUAAGGAGGAAGACGACAACGAUCCCUGCGAAACUUUGCUCGACAGCCUUCGCAUCAUGUGUUGCUGCCUUCUACCGGAUGACGUGCCUUGCACAACAAACGACAAGAGCGAUUCACAGAGUGACCUAAGUCCGGAAACAAACCCAGAAGCAGCAGCUCAGGAUCAAAUCGAGCGUGUCAAAUUGCUACCAAAACAUCACCCUGAUGAUGUCGGAAAGAAAUGUUUGGUCUUGGACCUUGACGAAACAUUGGUACACUCCAGCUUUAGGGCUGUGCCUGGAGCGGACUUUGUCAUUCCUGUUCAGAUCGAGGAUGUCGUUCACUUUGUCUAUGUUGCAAAGAGACCCGGAGUCGAUGAAUUCCUCAUUGAAAUGGCGAAACACUACGAAAUCGUCAUCUAUACCGCCAGCCUCAACAAGUAUGCUGACCCUCUGCUCGACUUGUUGGACCCCAACCGAGUCAUUCGCUGCCGUCUCUUCCGAGAGUCAUGCGUGUACUACGAAGGGAACUACGUCAAGGACCUCAGCCUCCUAGACCGGGAUUUGACACAAGCCAUCAUCGUGGACAACUCACCUAGCUCGUACAUAUUCCACCCGGAGAAUGCUAUUGAUUGUUCUUCCUUCAUUGAUGAUCCAAAGGACAGGGAGCUCGAUCAAAUCGGGGCUUUCCUAAAGGGAAUAAAGGACAUCAAUGAUGUUCGUCAUACAUGCCAACAUUGGAGAGAAUGGCCCAAUGUGGACAUCGAAGGAAUGAACAGAUGA